UCUCUUAUACUUCGCCGUAGAAAAGACGUGUAAACACAGAAGAUUACAAAACUGUUCCAGAAUUCCACCAGUUCAACUCUUUGAGGGUCGGGGAUCUCGUUCUCGCUACAUUUUCUUUUGUUGAUUAGCCUAACAUGGUUGUUGGAGGCGCAUGACACAGAACCUUCCCUUGCUAGAAAAGCUUGAAAUCUAGUUCAGACUGCUAAAAAGACAGACGUCAGACGUUGAUCACAUUCACCUGACAGGAGCUUGUCGUCUAACGUUAGCGGGCAUGGAGGAAGCCAGUCAACAUGCCUUUGACAGAGCCAGGCUGCAGGUGAUCAAAGACGGCUAUGAGAAGGCCUUUGAGUGCAUCAACAGGGGCCUGACUGAGGAUGAAGCUGGCCACAAGGCCCAGGCCCUGGCCCAGUACACACAGGGACGCCAGCACCUCCUCAGGGCCAUCAGUGUGCCCUCACAGGGGCAUGAGUGUGUGGGGUGCUCCUGGGAGUCAGCCCGCCAGAUGCAGCACAAGAUGCAGGAGACUCUGAACAACAUCACCACUCGAUUGGCGGUCCUAGAGACCAGCCCAGACCCUGAGUUCCCACCACCUCUAGAUGCCUCUAAUGGAGUCCCAGGGACAGCCUCUAACUCAGACCUCUACCCCAAACUGGAGAAGGAGAAACCAGAGCGGCCAUCUCCACCCAAGCUGCUGAUGACUAACCGCCAAGGUGGAGCUGUGGGAGGCAGUGUGUUUCCCUCCUUGCCUCUUUCUCCCACUAGACAGUCUGUGGUGCCUGGCGAGCUGCCCCCAGCCUACUCUUCCCAGGCGGCUGACGGCCACCUGACUAUCUCCUACGGGACAGAGUCUGGAGAAAUGUCGCUGGUGGGAGAGGAGUUCUACAGCCACAUGUCCCCCUCUCCCCCCUCUCCUCAUAGCCUGGGGGAGGAUGGAGAGGAACUCUUCUUCCUGCCUCACGGGGUACAGAUAUUCUUUGUCACACCUGACGGCCAGGUCAGCGCUCCCUCCUACCCAGGGUACCUGCGGAUGGUUAAGUUCACCAGCCAGCAGUCAGAGAGAGUGCCCAACCGGCCCCCAGCCUUCCUGCAGGUGUGUGAUUGGCUGUACCCGCUGAUGGCCACUGACUCCCCCGUCCUGCUGUGUAACACAGGGGUGUUCAUGUUUCCCGACAUGAUGGCGUCCGCCCCGGGGUCCUACGUGGGCGUUGUGCUGUCCUCUGAACUGCCUAUAGAAGACAGACAGCUGUUCCAGGACCUGCUGUCCCAGAUGACAGACCUCCGGGUGCAGGCUCCAAAUGAGGCAGCAGACAGCAUCAACCUGAGCCAGAAGGUGUCCAUCGCUCCCCUCGAGGAAGAGGAGGCCCCAGCAGCAGCAGAGGAGGAGGAGAAGAACCUGCCAGAGUGGAGCGAGAAAGUGGCCAGCGGCAUCCUCACAGGGGCAUCGUGGCUGAGCUGGGGCCUGGUGAAGGGGGCUGAGUUCACUGGCAUAGCCAUCCAGAAGGGGGCGUCCAAACUGCGGGAGCACAUCACCCCAGAGGACAAGCCAGCCCACGUCAGCCCCUCUGUCUCCAAAGGAUUGCAUGUAGCCAAACAGGCCACCGGGGGCGCUGUCCGCGUCAGCCAGUUCCUUGUGGACGGUGUGUGUAUGGUGGCAGGGUGUGUGGGUAGAGAGCUAGCUCCUCACGUGAAGAAACAUGGAGGCAAGUUGGUCCCGGAGUCCAUGAAGAAAGACAAAGAUGGACGAUCCAACAUUGAUGGAGCCAUGGUGGUGGCUGCUAGCGGAGUUCAAGGCUUCGCUACCAUGUGGACUGGCUUGGAAGUAGCAGCAAAGAACAUCACCGUCUCUGUUGCCUCCGAAACCGUCAACACUGUCAAGCAUAACCCUCCCCCUCUCAACAGUUGGUUGUGUGUGAUUAUAAGGUAUGGGGCGGCAGCCGGCCAGGCCACAGACCAUGCUGUGAACUCAGCCAUUAACAUGGGAGUCACCGCCUUCAACAUUGACAACCUGGGCAUUAAAGCUGCGGUGAAGAAGACUGGCAAACAGACGGCCGUGGCCAUUCUGGAGGACUACCAGCUACGGGACCCUAAUACUAACCAGAAACAAGUAGAGAAACGGGACAAAUAGGCUCCAUCUGGGAACAAGUCUACGUCCCAAAUGGCACCCUAUUCCAUAUUGUCACUACUUUUGACCAGACAAAAUAUAGAGAAUAGGGUGCAAUUUGGGACAGUCAACACCUAACCCCAUGACACUUACCAUAGCCCUUACCCGCAGUGCACUGGUGUAGAUAUGAGAGGUCUGGAUAGGUGUAAGCAAAUUGGCAACUUCUACCUGCAUAGUCUGUCAAAGGGAAAGACUGAGGUACUACCAUAUUGAUUAAACAUAUCCUAUUCUUUCAGAUCUACCCAAGUGCCUGGAGUAGAGGCUAGGUUUGCUUCCAAAAUGGCACCCUAUUCCUGAUUUAUAGUGCACUACAAAGGGAAUUGGGUGCCAUUUGGGAUGCACACCAUGUCCUCUUCCUCUCUUUCCUUUAGAGCUUUAAUUACAACACGAUUUGUAUUCUUCUAUAAAGAAAUCUAUCUAUACAUAAAUGCUUUAGUUGACUAAUAGCCUCUAGAAGUGUUACUAGGGUUUGAUACAACUGUUAAGCACUUUAAUCUUCAUAAUGAACGGUAUAAUGACAUUAUAAUAAUGUCAAAUAUUAUAGUAACUAAGAUGGACGUUGUGUGUAGGUAGGCUGAUGUAUAAUCGCUAAGUUAUUUGUGUUCAAUGUUGGUGAGAAGAGGACACCGGAAUUUAAAAAGUCACGUAGGUGAUAUGAAUAUAAACUGAAAGCAGGAUUCUUGUUUAAAUUUCAGAUGGAACUGUUUGUUUCAAGACUACUGCUGUUGACCUAUUGCCAUAACAGUAGUAUUACUGCAGUAGUACUGUUCACAGUUAAUGUAUCUAGAAGUAAAGGUGUAACUGAGGUAGAGUUGCACAAUUCUGGUAACUGUCCCAAAAUCCCCAGGUUUUCCAAAAAUUCUGGUUUUAGGAAUCUGGAUGUUCUGCUUAUUCCCACCCAUUUCCCCACUUGUAAUCUGAGGCCAGCAAUUCACUCCUGAUUCCUGGAAGUUCCAACCAGGAUUUCUGGAAAACCUAGGAAUUUUGCAAAAGUUGCUAGAAAUGUGCAACCCUUAUCUGAAAGUCAAGGUGUAUGGGGGGGGGGGAGUAACCCAGCAGCAUGCUAACUAUGUGCUAUAAGAACACAUGUUUGGGUUCCUUUAAUCAGUGAAAUAAUGUUAAUGUGUGAAGCAAGACGUAGCCCAAGCAUGCACAGGAAUAGUUAUAUAGCCGUUGAGGGUACUAUAUCAGAUGGAACAGGGCUCUCUAAGGUGUACUCUUGUCAUAUGACUUUGUAAUGCAGAGGAAAGAGUCAAUCCAAAUGUAGAAGCAGUGGAGGUUUGAACUGGUUUGAGAAUGGUCCAUGGUUUGCUUAGUAUGCCUUAAUAUAGCCAGUUACAACAGGCUGUAUGCUACUGUAACCAUAGGCCAAAGCAGCCACCUUACAGAUAGCAAGCCCACGCUACUGUAUUGUCCUGUGGUCCAGUUCAUUAUCUUUGAGAAUCUAUAACCUAUCCUUUCAACUUGGUAUCUGAUUAUUACUUUUUAAAGCUGUGAUUAUUAAUUUUCUAUGAAAGGACAAACAUUUUUUUUUCAUGUGAUGUAAAGAGAAUCAUAAUCAAUGUCAUUAACAUUUGGACAAUUGUUUUUAACUAUAACAUCUGAAACAAAUAAUUAUGGAAAAAUGACAUAUAAAUACAUUAACAGUUUCGGCACAAUUUGAGUGUGUUUAUGAUUAGUGUCGUCGUAUAUGUGUUGUCAACAUACUGUAUUUAACUUGUAAUGCUGUCUACCAUUCAUUAUUUACCUUGGGCUGAUGUUUAUUCAAUGUGAAUUGUCUUCAGUAAUAUUUCCCCUUCAGGGUUAAGUGAAGGCAAACUGUCUUUUUGUGUGAACUUGAAAUCUCAUGCAGUCAUUAAAUGCACAUCAGCAUUCUCACAAAGUGGUUGUGAUUUUCUGAAUAAUGGCUCUGUGCUUCUGUGGCCCUAUGUGAACAAAUAGUCACAUGGUCUGAUGAUUAACCAAAUAUCUGAUAUGUAAUAAAAAGCUAUAGAAGAA